UUAAUGACAGAUGAGACAUAGUAAACAUUUCGACCAACCAUAUCUUAUAAACCUAAAACCCACCAAUCAAUUGAAUUUACAUCAAAGCCCCUCAUAAACCUCCACCAAACCAACAUAAAAGAAAUGGAUAACAGAGUCAUUUCAGAGCUCAGCUACCAUGAACCAGCUUUGAAACUGUCCACAGCUCAACUAGAUACUCUCAAAACUUCAUUGUCCAAAACAAGUAAACAAAGCCACAAAAUUCUUUCCAAACAAAUCUCCAAUGUUGCUACAAAGCAAACGCUCGUCUCCCAUCGAAAACAUAUGAAAAAUCGUUAGAAUCGGCGUUUUCAAAUCAUUGAUAUGGCCACACACAGUCGGACAAUAGUCGAGGUUGUGGCCAUCACGGCCACGAUCAGUCUGAUUGUGGCUGGGAUAGUGUUCUACCUCAUCUACCGGCUGAGGCUGGCCCGAGGGGCAGAUAGCGGGAAACUGGCGUCCAGUUUCCGCCGGGAGUUCCCACCACGUGUCGAUUUGAGACAGCGCGGGGCGGCCCUCAAGGGAGUGAUAGUCGAUGAGGAAGGAAAGGACGUGUUGUAUCUUAGGAAACUCGAAAGCGGAUGCUUUUCUAAGGUUUGGUACAAUCCUAUGAUGGAAGAGGAAGAGGUGAAGAGAAUGAAUAGCAGAGGAGAGAAGCCUGAGACGAUACAACAACUUCCAUUGCUUCAACACCCAAAAAUUCAACCUCCAUCACCACCACCUACGCCUCCUCGACCACCACCGCCACCUCCUCCUCCUCUACCUUCUAGGCCUGCACCACCGCCUCCACCUCGACCUCCACCAAAAUCAAGGCCGGCACCACCACCACCACCACCACAUCGACCUCCACCUCCACCAAAAUCAAGGCCACCGCCACCACCCCAACCAGCAAAGAAACUAAUCCCACCAUCUCACAAACCACCCAUUGCUCCAAGAAUUCAUGAAAACAGAGUUCACACAACCAAACUCAAGCCCUUGCAUUGGGACAAAGUUACAGCAAACACAGAUCAUUCCAUGGUGUGGAAUGAGAUCAAUGAUGGCUCAUUUAGGGUUGAUGAUGAACUGAUGGAAGCCCUCUUCGGCUAUACCGAUCAGAAACCAAGUGAAAGAAACAAGAACUCAAGCUCAAUUGCAGCUCCAUCAACACAAACAUUCAUUCUCCAUCCGAGAAAAUCCCAAAACACCGCAAUCGUCAUCAAAUCUCUGCAAAUCUCACGCAGAGAAAUCGUGGAAGCAGCCAUGGAGGGAAGAGGCCUUAACGCCGAAACCCUAGAGAAACUGACCAAAAUCUGCCCAACACAAGAGGAAACCACCAAAAUCCUCCAAUUCACCGGCGAUCCAGCUAAACUCGCCGACGCGGAGGCCUUCCUCCACCACAUUCUACAAGCAAUCCCAUCAGCGUUCGUCCGAUUCAACGCCAUGCUCUUCCGAGAAAGCUACGAGCCGGAGAUUCUCCAUCUCAAGGAGUCGCUGCAGACCUGCGAGCUAGGCUGCAACGAGCUCCGGAGCGGCGGCGUCUUCUUCAAAUUCCUCGAAGCGAUCCUCAAAGCCGGAAAUCGAUUGAACGCCGGCACGAAUUGGGGAAACGCGCAGGGAUUCAAUCUCACAUCGCUGCGGAGGCUCUCUGACGUGAAGAGCGCCGACGGCAAGACCACGCUGCUCCACUUCGUGGUAGAGCAGGUCGCGAAAUCGGAGGGGAAGCGGAAGGGUGAAGAAACGGAGAUGGAGGAGAGAGAGAGCCUAAUGCUAGGGUUGCCGGCGGUGGAGGCUCUAAACGCGGAGUUUUGCAACGUGAAGAGAGCCGCGCGUGUGGAUUACGAGGGUUUGACCGGCACGUGCGAGGCCCUUGCGGCUAGGGUUGAUGAGAUCAAGCGGCUGCUGAGGCGGGGCGAGGGCGGGGAGGUGGGGAUAUUUGCGGCGGAGAUGAGGGGGUUCUUGGAGGGGUGCGAGGAGGAGCUGAUUGUGGUGAGGGAGGAGGAGAGGAGGGUGGUUGAGCUGAUGAGGAAGACGAACGUUUAUUACCAGACGGGUGUGAAAGGGGGGAAUCCGUUGCAGCUGUUUGUGAUGGUCAAGGAUUUUUUGGAGAGUGUGGAUCGAGUCUGUGGCGAGAUUAGGAAGAAGUUGGAGAAGAAGAGAGGUGGCGCGUCGCCGCCAUUGUCGCCGACGCCGAGAUCGCCUGUGAGGUUUCAGAAUUUGCAGAAUUAUUUCGCGACGCAGAGGCUUGGGACGAACUCCAGUGAAUCUGAUGAUGAUUUUUGAUAGAUUUAAAAUAUUCUCUGAGUACUACAUUUUCUUUUAUUUUAAUA